AUGUUCUCACCUCUGCGCUCGCGGCUGGUAAACGCUGCCCGGCUGGGCACGUGUCGUAAUCUGCGACUGGUUUCUACCACAGCGUAUCCUCAGCCUGUCUCUCCAUUAGCCUUUGAUCUUCAUGCGCCUGCGAGCUCCAAGGCCGAUGAAAAAACAGCGCCUAUAAUCUUUAUGCAUGGCCUUUUCGGAUCCAAGAAGAACAACAGAGCAAUCAGCAAAGCCCUGGCCCGGGAUCUGAAAACCCACGUAUAUACCGUGAGUGUAAAGGAUCUUAGGAAUCAUGGAGAAUCUCCCCACGAUGCCCGUCACGACUAUGUUGCCAUGACGGAAGACAUACUGGCCUUCAUUGACCACCAUGGUCUAAAAGAGCCCACUUUGAUAGGCCAUUCCAUGGGAGCCAAGACGGCCAUGUCUGUUGCCCUCCGUUCACCAGAAACAGUGUCGAGGGUUGUCGCAGUUGACAAUGCCCCUACCGACGCCACACUCAGCAGAACCUUUGCUUCCUACGUUCGAGGGAUGAAGAAGAUUCAGGAAGCCAAAGUCACUCGCCAAUCCGAGGCAGAUGCUAUUCUCCAAGAGUACGAAGAGUCGCUGCCAAUCCGUCAAUUCCUGUUAGGAAACCUGUAUCGUUCACCAGAAGAUGGGAUUCAAAAGUUUCGCGUUCCCCUGGAUAUUCUAGGCCGAUCACUCGACCAUCUUGGAGACUUUCCCUACAAGAAUCCAGGCGAGGCACGGUACACAAAGCCAUCCCUUUUCGUCCGAGGCACUCAGAGCAAAUAUGUACCAGACGACGUGCUGCCCAUCAUUGGUCAAUUUUUCCCACGCUUUCGAUUGGCCGACGUUGACGCUGGUCACUGGCUAAUAUCGGAACAACCUGAGGCUUUUAGACAAGGUAAUUUAACAUCCUAA